AUGAAUGAAGGAGUUCUUGGUAUGGCAUUUACGAAUACAUCACCGAUCAUGUAUCCAACUAGAUCCAGUAAACCAGCACUUGGUACAAAUCCUUUAGCAUUUGCUGCUAAAGCUAAAAAUGAUGCUUUCAUACUUGAUAUGGCUACCACUACUGCUGCUAUUGGAAAAGUUGAAUUAGCAGCUCGAAAAGAGCAAACUGUACCGGAUACAUGGGGCGUUGAAAAAAAUGGUUGCAUUAGCAAUGAUCCGAAGAAAAUACUUGAUGGUGGUGGUCUUUUACCUCUUGGUGGAAGUGAAUUAACAGGUGGUUAUAAAGGAUAUGGUCUUGGUGCAUUAGUGGAAAUUAUUUGUGGUAUACUUGGUGGUGCGCAAUGGGGACCAAGUAUACGAAAAUGGAUGUCAACAACAACUAUUGCUAAUUUAGGACAAUGUUUUGUUGCUAUUAAUCCGGAUGGAUUUGCGCCAAAUUUUGAAAAUCGUUUACAAGAAUUUAUUGAUACAAUGCGAGGAUUGAAAUCAGUUUAA